AGGCAGCAUCUAUUGAGAACGGAAAGUCACUAUGAGUAAUCCCGAUUUAGUGAAAUUUCAAGCAUAUGCAUUUGUGACUGAAAGGACAGUGGAUGGUGACUGGGUUUUCUCAUUGGAGCUAUUUGUGACUCAUGCAUAUAAUGAAGAUGUAGAUAAAAUGUUUAAUAGAAGCUUGCUCUUCACUGGCAUUACAACUGUUGUUAUUGAUGUAUUGGAUAAGGGCAUUCGCUGCAAGGAUUUGGCACCAUUAGCAGCAUACAUUGUAAUCGGGUGCCCACCAGCUAAAGAGUUAAGAGUAGUCAAGAAACUGACUACUUGUCCAAAAGAAAUAUUCAAUGAUACAUUUAGUUACGUUAUAAAAAGGAAUGCAUAUGAUCCAGAUCGUCUAUUUCGUCCAGGUACAGGAACUAAGGACAUAUAUGUGCCUUAUGAUCAGGCUACAUAUGGAUGCCCAAUGGCAGUACAUUUUGAAUCUCCUUGGGUGCCAACACUACAGCUGUGGGUGGAUGGAAAAUUUAUAGAGGACAUCAAAGUGGAAUUUGUAAUAUAUGAAGUGAAUGGAAUGUUCAAUUAUAACUACGAUAAGCGGGUGUCACAAAUUAAUUGUUUAUCUGAGCCACAAACCUGGAAAUCCAUGUUAAGCAAACAGAAGAAUCCUAAUCCAGACACUGCGUGGAAUGCAAAGAAUUACCAUAGUUGUCAGGACCCUUUAGGUCCACGGAUCACUGACGGCAACAGGGAGUUCCAGAUUAUGGGUGGGGGAAAUGGAAAUCGCAUCUUGUUUCAAAAAUACACUGGUUUUUACAUUUUCAGAGUGAUUGUGGUCAACCCAACAUACAGUUUCUGUCAUCUUACUGCCACAUUCAGUGUCUACGUGUUUGGGGCCGCUCCGAUGUCCGCCUACUCAUCAGAACUUUUGCUGGCACUUUUCAUUAUUUUCCUGACCACAAUGGUUUUUAUUGGGUUUUGUCUGUUCAACUUGAAAACAAGGCUAAAGAAAACUGAUAUCAUUAUAAAGGUUCAGCAACAUCCAUCACAAUAAUCUUGUAGGUGUUGACGAGGCCCGUUGUAGCACUAAAAUUAGAUAGUGCAGGAUUUACUAUCUCUCCACUUACCUGUAAAAGAGAAAAAUAUAAAUAAUAUCACUUUUUUGGAGUCAAGUGAAGACAUUUUA